GGUGGCGCUCAGAUCAUCCCUGCACCUUUUCUUUCUCUAUCUCAUUAACUCUUCCAGUCCAAAUGACGAAUCCCUGUUUUAUGUGCGUGACUCACUCACGUUUAUCUGGUGGAAGCUGAAACUGCCCUGUUUCCAAUUUUCUCAAAAUCGAAACUUGGAGGUACCGAGCAUGCGCAGUAGCUCCCGCUCUGCAGAGUGCUCUCAGAUGACGGGGAUCUGGUAAAAUGUCGGGAGCUUCGGCGUUUUGCUCCCACAGUCUCUGAGAAAUUUCACAGCUGGUGUCGUGUUUUUUUAUUUCAUUAUUUUAACCCAGACGAUAAAAAGCACAAAUGCCGACUUCUCAGCAGCUAUCCAAGAUGGAAAGUAAAAAUAAGUCAUCGCUGAUGAUGUGAGGAAAGGACACAGUAUAUCACAGAUGGAAGCUGAAAAUAAGUAGUUGCUGAUGAUGUGAGGAAAGGACACAGCAGAUCAUGGCAGACAAACUUGACCAGUCACCCAAGAGCUGGACUGAAUCUCAAGUAAGCACCUGGCUAAGAUCUAUUGGAGUGAAGGAGCAGUACAUAGAGAAACUCUAUGAGGAAGAAGUAGAUGGACGUAUCCUUGUUACACUGGAUGUGGCCUUUUUAAAGACAGAGUUUUGCAUGAAAUCAGGGCCUGCUCAUUAUAUAAUUCAAAAGAGAGAUGAGCUCAUCAACUCCAAGCAAAAGUCUCAAGAGAAGAAAAAGUCCACCAAAACUGAGUUGGAGCAGAAAAAUAAUCAGAAUCAGUGUCCUUCUACAACAAGUGAAGGUCGUCCACCGCAUAUGCCUGGAAGAGAUCAAGAUGCUAUAAAAGAGAGAGAGAGAGAGUCAACAUUGAAGGAAGACUGCAGACCACGACCAUUUGAUCAAGAAGGGAUUGAUUUCAUUUAUGUAAAGCACCGAGUCCUGCAGCCCGAAUCUGGCGCUUUUAACCUGACAGCUCCAUGCCAUGAAUUUAAGUCUUUUUCUGUAGCUGCUGGUUUGGAUCGUACAAGACUCCAAGCUAAGUUUGCCAAAGAAGUCCUUAAAUUUGCAACUGGCUGUAUGAAUAUCAGAACAAAUGGUACAAUACACUUUGGUGUGAUGGACAGUAAGGAGGAUGCAGGAUAUGUGCAUGGUGAGAUAAUUGGUAUCCCUGUAAAAGAGAAAGACAUCUAUGUAGAUGCUCUGGACUAUAUUGAAAAGAGCAUCUCUUCUGACAAGGAGCAUGUGCGCCAGUGUGUGCGGCCACCAAGGUUCAUUGAGGUUAUGGAUCAAGAAAGCACAGAAAAGAGGUACGUGGUUGAAGUUGACAUUGUGCCUUUGUUAAGUGUUGUAAAGAGCAAAGUGUAUGCAGUCCGCCUGCCAAACUUCAAGGAAGAAACGAACAAAGUAGAAUAUGAGAAGGAGACUACUCUGCGGAGGGUGGGCUCAAAAACAGAGCCGGUUAGUGACAAAGACCUGUGGGACUUUUACCAGCGAGUGAAAGACCGGGAUGCCUUAAGAGAAGAAGCAGAGAAGAAUCAGUUCCUCAGUGCCCCAGACUUCUGCAAAGACCUUGGAAGAAAACUCACAAUGCUGAUGACAAGUGGGAAGAAAUUCAUGGAAAAGGAGAAAUGGUUCAUUCUCGUCACAAACAGAUUUAAACCUGAAGACCUCUGCAGCAUUGACUGGCUGGUUAACAUGAACAUAUUCUGUGUGUUUGACUUUGACCCAGACUCAAAGGUAUCAGGUCUUUGCAGUAAAUACCUUGAGCAUCAUGUUGCAAACAUGCAUUCUUUGCAGAGCUAUAGAAAAUCAGGUGACAUGACCAUCAAAGAAUUUACAAUCGACCUGCAUCUGUUUGAGCAGACUAGCUGGAUCUUUUGUAAUGGCCAGACUGAUUUCAAAGGAAGUGAAACACCAUGUGAUGAAAUGACUUGGAUCAAGACAAAAAUGACUUUCUUCAGUGAAGCUGUGUCUUUGAUUUGUAAACAAAUCUUGCCAAAAGGGACUUUCCAGGUCCUUUUCCUUCUCACAUCACCAGUCGAAAAACCACUCUUGCACACCUUUUAUGAGUUUUUCAGAGACAUGGAAGGCCAUGAAGACAUCAUCUGCAUCUGUGAAUCACAGAAAAACUUCCAGAAGUGGCAAAGCUUUGCAGAGGGCUCAUGUGGAACAGAAACUGUGAACAAUUCCAGUGUUGUUGGAAUGAAAAUGAGUCACAUUAAUGCAACUCUGCAGCUAAUACAACCCGUUAAAGCCUGUGCCAGCAAACACUUGCCAAUCUUUGUGAAAGGGACAUGUCUUCUUGAAACACAGGUGGAGGAACAGAUGUAUUCUCUGGAAAUUGUGACAGUCAAUCAUUGUGAUGAAACAAGCAAAGACUUCAUCAAUGAAGAGAAAGAAAACAUUGAACAGCAGUUCUACCAUGGUGGGAGAGUGAACUGGCUGAAUUUCUGGCUUGCUGAGCACAAGUAUGUUGGUGAGGUCAUCGAAAGAGAUGCUUAUCAUGAAGUUUCCAAAUUUCUCAAUGAUGCUUUGAAAUGGAACGCAGAUGAAACUCCAGUGAACAGUAUAAACAUCUACCAUCAUCCAGGAAGUGGUGGAAGCACUGUGGCGAGACAAGUGCUGUGGAACAACAGAAGAGAUUUAAGGUGUGCUGUUGUGAAGCCUUCAUACCCAGCUGGUGUUGUGGCGCAACAUGCAGUUGAACUAAGAGAAUAUGAAGAAAAAGAUCCACACAGGUGUCUUCCUGUGCUGCUCCUCAUUGAAGACUCAGAGAAAGAAUAUCUGGAUGAUCUCAGGAAUGAACUCGAGGUUGCUGUUAACACCAAAAGAAUCCAGUUUGGAACUCUGUGUUUCAUCCUGUUGAGCUGCAGACGAUCUUAUGAUCCAGAGAGGAAAUGCAAGGAGUCUCCAUUACAGAAUGUGUCUGUCACUCACAAACUGUCUCCUCAGGAGAAGAGAAAGUUUUCUGGAAAACGACAGACGCUUGAGGAGCGAUACGAGCCUGAUUUCAUCCUGACAUUUGUUUUGAUGAGUGAGGAAUUCAAUGUAGAUUAUGUUCAACAGUUUGUGGAACAUUUGCUUGAGGGCAUUGACCGUAAAUCUGUUGUCACUCGCCUGAUUCUCUAUGUAGCACUGCUGAACACUUACGUUCAGAAUUCUUUCAUUUCUCAAUCCCAUUGUGAAGCUCUGCUUGCUUUAACCAUUCACUUGGAAAGGUUUCACCAGCAUGAAUUUGAGAAAUCACUCAGCCCUCAGGCUAAAUUAGUCUUCUUGCACCUCAGAGAUGACAAGACACAUAUCGAAUCCAUCAGAAUCAUCCACCCACUUGUUGCGAAGGAAAUUCUCCUACAACUUUUGGGGAGCCGACAGACCCAAAGCAGUUUGGCCAUGGAUUUGCUCCAUGAGAACGUGCUCUUUGAACACAGAUUUGGAAGGGACGAAUAUCUCUCAUUUUUGAGAGCACUUUUCAUUCGGAGAGCCAGAAUAAGCAAAGGGGACAAAUAUGAUAGUUUUUUCUCCCCUUUGAUUGAGCAUGUGUGUGAAAAUGAGAAAAGCCCAGACAAAGCAAUUGAGCUACUCCAGGAAGCCUUCCAGCGUUUCACUCAAAAUCCAUUCUUUGCACAACAACUUGCUCGUCUUCAUUAUACUUAUGAAAAGUUUGAAGAGGCAAAACACUGGGCAGAGACAGCAGCUAAACAGCUGCCCAACAACUCAUACAUACUUGACACAAAAGGGCAGGUGUACAAAAAAUGGUUUCAAGCUAAAUACAAGGCCAUCGAAAAUGACAACAAACCAAAGACAGCUCAAAAUACAGCAGGUGCUGUGGAGACUGCACUCAAAGCCAUUGAGUGUUUUCAGGAAUGUGAGAAAGCAGCUGAGGCAGAUAUGGAAACCAUGAACAGUUCAGGGUUUUUCUCUGAAGUUGAGGUUGGAUGCAGCCUUCUCAAACUGAUCACUUCAUUGGAUGUUUUUGCAAACAGAGCCAGUGGUCAUUCAGAGUGUAUGAAGUACCUGUUAACACCAGAUUACAUUCCAGAAGGAGUUGAAGGUCCCUGGGAACCAUUUCAUGGCCAUUUGAAAAAACUUCACAAGACAAUGCAAGAUGCUUUGGAAUGGAUUUCAGAAGACCUCAGUUACUUCCAGACGGACAUUGGUGCAGAUGAAGAAGAGACCCCUGAAAGUCCAGAAGAGAAGAUCAGUCAUCCACUGACAUGGCUGGCAAAAAAAUCUUCAGAGUAUGGGAAGUACUUUAGUGAAUCUUAUUUCACUGCACUUCUGAAAAAAGGGCAGUCAAUCCCAGCCAAUCUCACUCCAUUCCAAAAACGCAUGAUCAUCUGCCACCUGGGUGGGGGGAACGUAACAUCCAUCCUCUCCAAGCUAAGUGACCAGAGGGAUGCAGUACAUCUAUUACAGAGCAUGCUUUCUCUCUACCCAAGCAAUCCAGUAAAGGCCAAAUUUGGUCAAAGGGAUAUCGUCAAUUACAUAGUAGCCCACAUUUCUUUGAACUGCUUGUCACCACAGACUCAGAAGGUCACUCCUCUGAAAGAUCUGCAGGCACUUUGCCGUCAGUUCCCAUCUGAUAAAAGGAAAUGCUUACCAAGUGCCCUGUUCUUGCUUACCUUGUUAUUCUGGCCCGAGGAUCAUGACACAGCACUUGAGAAAGAAACGAAAUAUGAAAUUGUGCAGUCGGCUGUUGAACAUAUGGAAAAAGGCUACUGGACCAAGAAAAAGGACCUUCCUCCGAGGAGAAGAAGAAUUUACACUCAUUUCUUUCUGGGCAAUGGAAACGGAUUGGACAAAUUUGUCCACAAGAGAAAGUUUGAAAGCGUCACAAAGGGGAUCUCAGUCUCUGAGAAACGUAUGAAAUGGUUUAGGGGAGAGGCAUGGAAAAAGCCAGAGAUUGCUAAGAUGCUGAAAUGUGUUUCUGGAUGGACUGAAGAUGGAGCGGUGUACCUUGAGGGUCCUCAGAAAAAGAAGUUCAGUAUUGUGCCUCUUCAUGUACCUUCAGUGCCUCAUGGUAAUGAAAACAUUACAUUCUACCUGGGGUUUACAUUCAGAGGCCCUGUUGCCUGCAACAUUGUUGUGAAAAGUUCUUAUUGAACAAUGAUCAUAUCACUUGCGGCUGUAUGCCAGCACUUGACUGGUAUCCAACUCAUUGUCAAGAGCAAGAACAGAUCAAGAUGAAUUAGUGAAAGACACAAGCCUUCCUUUAACAGUUGUCAAGCAGGUAAUACAUGUAAAAGACAAAACAAAAAAUGUACAGUACAGGAUGUUGACUUGUAAGAUGUAAGAUAAUUUGAUAGUUUUUAUACAUCUAUAUAUAGCUACACGUGUUUGUGUAAACAAGGACAAACUACUUUUUUAUGUAUAUGAAAAUGGACUGACGUGAUUGACUCUGGAUUCCCAGGCUUAUAACAAAAAACUAUAAACUGAAUUUCCUACUCUUGAGCUCAAUGGUUCCCAAAUAGAAACUUUACUUUCCUGUCUACACCUGUAUAUAUUACCCUUUUAUUUUCAUAUUGUUUGUCGAUCAAGUUCAGUCCCACUGCAAUUCACGUUUUUUGUAGAUCUUUUUUUAUGUACUGACAGUUCUUUAUUUUCUGUGAUGUGUAGUAAAGUUUUUUUUUUACAUUAUUAUGGAGAAGCAUUUGAUCAUGCAAAGUAUUCUUAAAUAUAUGUAAAACAUGUAUGCAGUUAACUAUUUGUUUCUUUAAUUUAGUUUUUUGUUGUCUUUCUGUGAAUACACUGACCUUUCAAGUUCAGAUGGACCGCUGUUCACAUUUCUUGCAGAUUUUUUUUUUUCUUACACCAACUCUUCUUUAUUUUCCAUGAUGAGUAUGACAUGAGAUGGAGAAAGAAAUGGAAUCAAAUGCAUCUAUGUUCAUGGGAAUUGAAUCAGUGUUCCACUUUCAACAAUAAAUGUAUUAAGAGCUGAACAGCAAUUGUACAGUUACACUAUACAACACAAAUAGAGUCAGUCAGGCUGUUGUGCAUGAAUGUGCUUUAUUAUUUUAUAUAGUUGCACUGAAUGGGAUUUGUGAUGAUUAAAUAUUUGAGCAUAUGUGAGUGUAAACAUUUGUGUUCUUAAAUAUACCUAAUAUAUGUCACUUAACACAAUGAAUCUUUGGAUUACUUUCAUGUUGUCAU